GCUUCCUUCCUGUUGAGGGAGCCCAAACGAUGGGACCGUACCACCGUAGACAAACACACGACGGCUGACCCUUGUGCUUCUUCUUCGUCUUCUCUUCUCUUCCUCUUUAUAUUGUUCUCACUCACGCUUUCCUCCUCUUCUUCACUGUUCUCUGUCUAUAUAAUUUUGGUUUCGUUUCGAUCAGAGAGAGAGAGAGAGAGAGAGAGAGAGAGAGGAAAGGAAUCGGUGUGUGAAGAGACUUGCUUCUUAGCUUCACACCCUUUCACGUACUUCAUGUCAUUAAGUCCUUUUCUCUGCAACGUCCGCAGUUGCUUCAGAUGAUGAUGAGAUACAGGGGAGGGUUCAGGUUGGGCCGCCGCCUCGUGCGGAUCUGGCGACGCGUCUUUCGACUCGACCGUCGCCGCCGCAAAGGCUGCUACGUCCGCUUCGACGCCACCCCAUCGCCGACCGUCUCCAAUUCUGGCCGCCGAAUCGAGGCCUCUGCGCUGGCGGCGAGGGUGUUCGACUGGGGCCGGAGCCUCUCCCGCCGCCUCCGCCUCCCCCACCGCCUCGGGGACAGGACGCUGUUCCUGGGUGAGGAGGAUCGGAGGCCGCCUCCCAAGGGGCACCUGGCGGUGUACGUCGGCGGGGGGAGGAAGGACGUCGGGGGACAGCCGCCGCGGAGGUACUUUGUGCCGGUGAUCUACUUCAACCACCCCUUGUUCGCGGAACUGCUGCGGGAGACCGAGGAGGAGUUCGGGUUCCACCACCCCGGCGGCAUCACCAUCCCCUGCCCCGCCGCCGAGUUCGAGCGCGUACGCAAGCGCAUCGCAACCACUGGCCGCCACCUACCCCGGAAGAGCAGCAUCAGAUCCUUCAUGCUCUAAAAUCAUCGCCACAAUCUCAAUUCUUUUUGCCUCUCUCCGCUCACAACUCACAUGUAAUACAAAUGUUCUUCUAGUUUUCUAAAUUAAUUUCUUAAUAAUUUUGGAGUA